AUGGAGCCAGAAGCCUCAGAAACUUGCCCUUACGACCCUCACCACCGUGUCCCACUCAGCAGAUUCCAGUACCACCUGGCAUCGUGCAGGAAAAAGAACCCCAAGAAAGCCAAAAAGAUGGCCAGCUGCAAAUACAAUGCCUGCCAUGUGGUCCCCAUCAAAAAGCUGGAGGAGCACGAGGCAGCCUGUGCCAACAGGAGCCCAGUGGAGGAGGAAGACAGCUGGAGCCCUCGGAAAGUCAGCUUUCCAAGUCCAGAGCAGAAUGGGAGCGCCCCUCCAGAGUCCCCCUGGGUCCCCAACCCCGAUGUCUGGAACGUUGAUGACACUAACAGCCAUCCUGUAUUUGUCCUUAAGACUUUUGUGCCCCAGAAGCUUGUUUGUGGAAAAGAGGACCACCUGCCCCAUCCAUGA